AUGCUGUAUGGCAAUGAGGCCCUCCCACUGACAAAAAGACAAGAAGAUGAGCUGAAAGUCGCUGAAAUGAAAAUGUUGAAUUUUUCAUUAGGAGUGAUGAGAAUGGACAAAGUGAAAAAUGAAUACGACAGAGGAACAAUGCAUGUGCGCAGCUUUGGUGACAAGGCUAGAGAGGCAAAACUGAGGUGGUCUGGGCACAUCAAGAGAAGGGAUGAGGAAUUUGUGAGGAAUAGGAUGCUCGAAAUGGAACUGCCAGGAAAGCGAAGAACAGGAAGGCCAAAGAGAAGGUUCUUGAACGCGAUUAAGAUGAAGAUUUAA